AUGGCAGCAGGCCGUCGAGACGUUGAGUUCCCCACUGUUGACGGACUAACCCUUAGGGGUUGGUUCUACACCGCCAGUGGAGAUGGGAAGCACCCAUGCAUCAUUAUGGCGAACGGACUGGCAGGUUUGAAGGAGCAGUUCUGCCCCAACUUUGCCCACCGGUUCCAAGCCGCUGGCUAUGGAGUCCUGCUCUUUGACCAUCGCAAUUGGGGUGCAAGCGAUGGUCUUCCACGAAAUGAGACGAACCCCAUUCAGACCGGUCGCGACUACUCAGAUGCCUUUGAUUACGUUGCCUCGUUGGACGAGGUCGAUUCUUCUAGGAUCGUCUACUGGGGCACCAGCAUGUGCGGCGGCUCCGUUCUGCACGCCGCAGCAUUCGAUAAGCGUAUUCGAGCGGUGAUCUCACAAGUCCCCUUUGUAUCUGGGGAACUGCUUAGCACGCACCUCGCACCCAUGAUCGGGUCCCUGUACAGCAGCCGACAACAGCUCAAAGCUGGCAAACCCGCCCCGCUGAUCAAGCUUUUCGCUGAGACUCCCGAGGAGAGUCUCCAGCAGGACACAAAAGCCCUUAUACGCGAUGAGAACCUCUGUGAUUUCAUCAAGGCUUUGAAUAAGGAUAAUCUGCCUUGGUCUCCUAAUGUCACUCCCCAAACACUUCUUGACAUGAUUGCAUUUGAACCUCUGGCUUUUGUUCACCGCAUCGCCCCUACGCCGUUCCUCUUGGUCUGUGCAGACAGGGAUUUAUGUGCACCGACUACUACGCAGCUUAAGGCCUACGCUUUGGCUUAUGAGCCGAAGAAGCUGGUUAUUUUGAAGGGUUCUGGCCACUUCGACCCCUAUCAUGGCAAGGCCUUUGAGGAGAAUGUCGAGAAACAGUUGGCCUUCCUGAAGGAUACUAUCUAG